GCUUUCCACAGUUUCCCGCCAGGACCACUGCGCAUAUGCAGAAUUGCAAAUUCGACUGUUGCCAUCAACUGUUCUUGCGCCAUUUCGUUUCGAGCAAAGUUCGACAUAAAUUUUACUUUGGUUGAGUGUUAUCUGCCUCGUUGCAAAAUUUAACUGUAACUACAGCCCAGAAGAAGAAUAACGAUUUCGAGAAUUAGGACUUUAUUGUUCUUUACAAAAUAACAAAUGUUAUUGCCGCUUGAAUAUAGAAAACGACACAGUCGGUAAGUAACAAGAGUUUAUAGCAGGCCAGAGAAGGUAAGUCGCGUUUUGCUUUUAUUAUGAAAGAACGUUACGAUUACACAAUUAACGUUGCGAUACCCUUGUUGAAUUGUAUCACGUGAAGUGGCUUCGCAAUUCAGGUGAAUAGUUUACAUCUGUUAAGCAUGUAAAAUACACGCAUGAUUGUCCACGGCACUUUAUUUGAGCACUCGCUUCUACCUCAAGGAACACAUUGGUCUUGGUAGUCCGAGUGUCUUGUUAAAAUGUCUAAAAAGCCAACUAGUGCACGACUGCAACUCAAGCAAAUGAAGGAAAAUCAUCCCGAAGGUAAGUGGUACUGACUCUUGUGCAUUAUGGAAUACCGCAUUAUGUUGAUGUGAUCAACUUUACACAUCUGGAAGGCGAUGCGAUAGACUUAAUCUCGCACUUUUUUCGAUUCUUUCCACAUGAACGGAAAAAAUGACGAUGAGUUGAUGUAAUUACAAGGCCAUGUUUUUUUUAAUGUAGGACAAAUCAUAAAAUCGUUCUAGAGUUCUAUUUUGUUUACAAGCGUUUUUGUUUAGAAUCGAGUAGAAACUGACACGAGAUGUAACGCUAUUGUCAUCCAAACGACGUAACGGCGCGCUAACCUCGCUAAACUUGUAGCAGUUUUCUCAAGGCAGUUUUAAAAGGGAGAUUGUUCUGUAUUUAAAUGUUGUAGGCAGAAACAUCGUAGCUUCCAGUCGUCUCGCAUGAAAUGGUUUGCAAUAAAUAAAUAUUUGUCUUGGGCUUUCGUUACUAAUAACCUUGCCGCUAAAAGUAACUAAAAGGGUACAAUAACACUAACGGGAAAUCGAUUAUGUGAUCCGUUUAUUCCCUGAAAUUUAUUUAUUAGCAAUUUUUGUUUUAUUUCAGAUUUUGAGGACAAAGAUCACUGUGUCUUAUUCUUUAUGGAAGACCUUAAGUAUAGUUUAGUUGAGCGGAAAACAAUAGAUCGGGAAGCUAAAAAAAUGAGCACAGUGUCUGUGAAAAUCAGUGGUAAGAAGUAUUUUGCAACGCUUAUGUUUAUCGGUAAGUUGUAGGUAUUGUUUAUGUAUGCUUUGGCCAGGAGCAAAUAGAUGUGAUCCAAUAUUUUGUUGUUGUUUUUCUUUUUUGUAAUUAAUUUUCUCCAUAAAUGUUUAUUUGGGAGAGAGCAGUGACACUGUAAACAAUGAUAACAUAUGGUUUGGGGUAACUCCCAGCCAAGCCUCCUCUUUCCCUCAAUCACUCAGGAAAAACACCCUGAUAUUGGACUUUUUCUAACAUGUUUCAAAUUAUAUGGACCUGAACUCAUUGGCAAUUGUAAGGGUUGUUUAUUUUAUGGCAGAAGUCCCAUUAACUAAGAUAAUAACCGAUUUGAGACAACAUGGAGAAAGACUUACAUUGCUGAACAGGUCAGUGAUAUCAGAAAGGUUUUAUAAACAAAGAAACAUACAAAACAUUGAGCAAAUGGUGAUUGCUAUUUUCAGCAAACCUGAGAAAUACCCCAGGUAACUACUUUCCCCUUCUUUCAGUGAAUAUUCAAAUAGGGACAUGACACAUUUUAUUGGCUGGUAUUCUCUCCUUUUAAGGAAAUAAGGAGGAAUGCCAAAAGAGGAUGGAGGCCCUGGAAGGUACAUUAUCCCCAGAGCAAGCAAGAGUGUCCCAGUCACCAAAACAAAAAAAGGAUGCAAUAGGUUAGAAUAUUUUUUCCUAGAAUUGAGUUAAUUUUCUGUUCUAUACCUUAGUGGAAUAUACUGAUCACAGUAGUCACCUGGGGUCUAAAGGUUAUUGUUCUAAAGGUUAUUGUUCCAAACGUUUUACUGAUAACGUUCUGUAGAAAAAGCGAAAUUAUCAAACUUAAAAUGGUUUACUAUUUUUUAAACCAAAUGAAAUGGAACCACAACACACACUGAGUCUGUUGUUGAGGUAACUUGCUAUAGAGUUUUAAUUUUUUUUUACUCUUAGAUUGGGACAUCAGCAACGAAAUGAAGAAGUUGGAAAAAUUGGGUUCAUCUGUUUUUGAAAAUCAGGAGGUAAGUGCUUUCCUCUAUUACAUGCUCAUAUUAAUCACACUUUCUUUGAAGCAAGAAACUAACCGUAACAUUUUCGAACAAUCAUUGCCAUUUUAACACAUUUUCUAUAUCAAGUACCAAAUAUGAUGCCUGAUAAUAGAUAAUAGGCCAUAUUUUCAUUGGUGCUUUAAAUUGUGUAAUAAAUUAUAACCUGUUAAAUUGCAAUAUUCUACUUAUAGGUUUCCAGUGAUGAUGAUGGCGAUGAUGAAAGCCAAACUGGGUCUGAUUAUCAUCACCAUGUCCCCAGUGGUAGGAAUUUUCCUAAAGCCAACAAAAUUGCCAAAAGAGGGGGAAGUUCUUCUGAUGAUGUAAGUAUUGUGACUUUAAAUAUUCAAUGUUGGAGAAUUAAAGUGCAUUUGAACUCCCCAUCUAAGAAAGAACCAGCAACUUAAAUGGCUUAAGGUAAAAUUUUGGCUCUGUUAUCCUGUUAAUUCCACAUAAACACGUUCGACACCUGUAUCAAUUCCAUGCAACAUUUUUUGUGUUUUGUUUGGUUCUGUUUUGCAAAUGUGUGUGUUUUUUCUGGUUUUCAUUUAGUGCUGAAUUAUGAUUCCUUACUUUCCUUUCUCACAAAUUUUUGGUUCUUUUUAAGGUUAAUGACAAUUUAUUUAGUUGAAGGAUUGCUUUACAAAUGUAAAUAUUUUUUUCUAUUCAUAUUCACAGGACAACUGGAAGGAUAUGAUCACCAGAAAAAUUGAUUGUAUCUUGAAUAAAGUAGACUUCAUUGAGUCCCAUCUAAAUGUCACAAGCACAGAAUGGGAUAGAAGGGUGGCAACUCCUCCUGAUAGUAAAAAGGUAAUUUUUCAUUUAUCAACUUUUUGUGGAAAUUUUGAAUAGUUGUUUCAAUGGUGUAAAAGGUGAACAAAGUUUGUUUGAAGUUGGGCAGUGAAAAUUGCCAAUUUUCAUAAAUGGUAACCUUUGCAUAAGAACUUUGCUCUUAAAGAUAAUAAAUAAGUAAAUUCUUGUUAAAGAUAGUCAAUACCUCCUUUUCUGUACAUACAGAUGAGGCAUGAUGGUGAUCAAGGAGAACAAUUGAGAAGCUCCUCCCCUCUACCUUUACCUUCCUUAGUAAGUACCAUUCACUAGUCAGGCUACUGCAAGCUGGAAUUUAAGUCGCAAUUAUUAAGAGCAACAAUUUUAUUGCAGACAAUAGAUGAUGAUACUUUUUUUAAAGACAGAUGGUUAUUUUUUCCAAUCUAGAUACUUGUCUCUAAAUAUGUUAUAUUUCAUUUUAGAUGUACAAUGAAACCAACCUCCUAUUACUCCCCUCUGGUGGGGAUUUAAAAAAAUAUGCUCUCAAGGUUUUUGCCAAUCUCUUCUCACUUGAGGAGAUGGCAAAUGGCAUCGUAGAGCCUGCCAGAGGGAAGGCUGCUGGCAAGGUGGAGUUGGACCCUUACAGAGUUGAUCUACUAAAAAGUAAGCCAAUGUAAUUUGUUUUAUUGUGUACUAGUUAGUUUUUUCAAAGAAAAGCAUACCAAGAAACAAAACAAAAACAGAGAUUUCAACAAUCAGCUUUGUUGCUGUUGUUAUAUGUACUUAGAAAAUUCUUGUUUCACGAUUGAAUCAGGGUUAUUCAUUUCUCUUGCACACAAAGUAAUAUUGCCAAGGCUGUCAUUAAAAAGAAGCUGGCUCUAGAAGGAAACAAAUUAACACUUGUUAUCCUUUAAGCUUUGAGUAGCCAGUCACAUUUAUUUGGACAGUACCUAGGGCCAUAAAUUAACAACUGGUUUCUGCAUUAGCAUGCAGUCACUGAGAAUCAUGAAGUACUUGGAAAGUUUGGAAAGCACUGAAGAUGUGUUAGAGUUUCUGUUAAUCAAGCCAUGAGCAGGAAGGCAAUAAAUAUGGACUGGUAGAAAAUAAGACGAUUUCUGUUUUCUCUAUUAUAUGUGUGUGAUAUAUAUACAUAUAAUUUUUUUUUUCCUUCCCAUAGGAGCUAUAAAACAUAAAUUUGGCGAUGCCCAAAUGAACAAGAAGUGGCCUCAAAUAAGGCUCUCCUUGAAUCAAAAAUGCUUGGAUUCCAAGAGAAAAUUUCUCAUUGUGGAGGGAGAUGUUAACAAGUCCACAGACUGA